GUUCAGGCUUUCUUCUUCCAUAACCUAGGAACCUCCCCACAUCCCCUGGUGAUUCCAUUGUCGUGUACAUGUGGAGAUAGCGAUUCCCACGUCUUUCAUCAUCGUGCUUGUUCAAACACGACCACAGCGCCAGGCAGCCAAGCUCAACAUUUAAGCUCUGGAUUAGAUCAUGCCGAAACCUGGCAGAUUUGACACUGUCCAAGCCGCCCGUGAUAGACGGCGGCGUGACUCAUUAUAAGGCAUCGGUAUUGGCACAUUUACAGCCGCUUCUGGAGGGACAUGCGCAUAUAUCAUUCAUCUUUGUAUCCAUCCCAGACCUUCCCGAAUCAGUUGUUGAUCAGUUCUACAAGGCAUUACUGCCCCAGCCUGCGUAGCAAACCACACUUUGCGCCUUACUUUGCCUAUAGCUCUUACAAUACCUCAAAAGAAAAUGAUUCCCUAUCGAGAGGCCAAGGCCACGAAAGUCAAGAAGAGCAAGCACAAAGGAAAAGGCGGGUCCUCCGCCAGUGGCUCGCAGCUGAGAGAACGCUCACAGUCCCCAACCAGGCCGCUAUACUUUUUCACGCCAAACGAAAGGUACGGCGAGUUCUCUCAGUGGUAUCGAUCCAAGUUCACCGUCACCGCAGACGAGAUCAAGGCUGUGAUCGGCCGGGACCUGGAAGACGUGCAUGACGACCAGGUCGCGGACCCCGAAUCUGGUGACCCCGAAUCUGGUGACCCCGAAUCUGGUGCCGCCGCCGCCGCCGCUGGUCCGGACUACCUGACCUUUCGCUGCGCCGAGCAGUUCAUGAUGUACUGCAAGGCGGCACGAUUCGGCGACCGCGAGACGCAGCGGCUCGUCAUGGCGACCGACAGCCCCAAGGAGCAGAAGCGGCUCGGGCGGGCCGUGGACGGCUUCGACGACGGCGGCUGGGACGAGGUCAAGAGCGCGGUCGUGGUGGCGGGCAACAUGGCAAAGUUCGGGCAGAACGCGCCCCUGGGCCGCGCGCUGCUGGCCACGGGCGACCGGCUCCUCGUCGAGGCCGCGUCCCGGGACCGCGUCUGGGGCAUCGGGUACACCGCUAAGACGGCGCCCCACCGGCGCAAGCACUGGGGCGAGAACAGGCUGGGCGUGGCGCUGAUGGAGGUCAGGGCGCGGCUGAGGGAGAGGGAGCAGGGAAGAAAAGGGGAGGAGUGGCAGGAACAGGAGGGGGAAGGAGAGUGAGGGGGCCGCAGCCUUGGGCCGCCCUGUCGACGGCCUGGUACUGACUUGGGGGGCACAUGCAGCAAAGUGGAUUCAUUGGCACUCAGGGCAUCUCACCUGCGGGAGGGCCGCCUGUGGCUGGUGCGGUGCAACGCAGGCAAAGCCCACUCACAAGCUAGCGAGGCGAGGGAGUCGAGGUUCUUCCGUCUCAAGAAAAGGGGGAUUCGAAACAUGUGCAUAUUGCCUCCAAUAGGAUACCUGUACAGGUGAGUAAGAUACUAAACGUUACGACCCGCAGAUCCUUCCUAAUUAGGCCACUCCCAGUCUACAUUUUUUGCCAUAGAAGAUCCCGCCAAAUUAAUGCACCGCUACCCGCGCCUCGAUCUGCCAGAACCUACUAGAAUCGUCCCAAGCUGUUAGUUACAAUACAUUGAUUCCUAUACAAA